AUGCAGCAACUUCUAGCCUUCAUAGUAGGCUGCCUCGCGCAGCAUGCCUCUGCACACGGAGGAGCACUAAACUACACCGUCGGCGACACUUGGUACCCUGGAUAUGACCCAUAUGGUCCCGAAUCGCAACUCUCAGCCCCCUGGCUCGUCCAACGAAAAUGGGUAACCGUCAACCCCAUCUUCGAAGCCGACAACAUCUCCCUAUCUUGCAACGCACCUGGUAACCCUGCAAACGCCUACAUUCCCAUCAAUGCCGGUGAAAACAUCACCGCGGUAUACUACUCCUGGGUCCAUACAGUCGGGCCGAUGAUAGCGUGGAUGGCAGACUGCCACGGCAAUUGCCGAACUCUCGACACAGCGAAGGCUGACUGGUUCAAGAUUGGAGAGAAAGGUCUUUUGAAUGGGGACAUUUUAGAGGGGAUGUGGUUCCAACACCAAUUUGGUGUAUGGGACGGGGGCCCUAGUUUAUGGUCAGAGAAAAUUCCGAAAUCGUUGAGGCCGGGGAAAUAUCUUGUCAGGAAUGAAAUUAUCAGUUUGCAUAGCGCAAAUAAACCACAAUGGUAUCCGGAGUGCGUAAAUGUGGAGGUGAAAGGGAAUGGAACAAGAUUUCCAGGGAAGAAAUAUAUGGCGAAGAUUCCAGGCGUGUGGUCGAUGGAUCAGCCAGAGAUCAAUAUCGAUGUUUAUGAUCCCGCUAUUGGGAAUAAAACGACGUACAAGAUUCCCGGACCACCAGUAUGGACGGGUUAA